GGCAACACUUUAUCUCAUAAUUUGAAACUUCCGGCAGAUAGCGCAACGAUCUUUUAUUAAACUGACCAAUGGUUUUUCCCGUUCACAUAGUACAUGAUUAUGAUAGGAAUCCCCGAUAUAUAAAAACGUCUUCAUAUAUAAAUCCACUCCUAAUCACUUGUCUUUAUCCGUCGCAGUUACAGACUGUUAAACAGCUGCUUUUAUAAUCAGGUUAAUAAUCAUCUAGUUACAAAAAGUAUAAUUACAUUUAUUAAUAAUCUAAGUACAUAAGUCAUUUACGAGCGUAGAAUUCAAGCGAUACGUUUGAGUCAAAUUUUUGAAUAAUGGAAGGUACCAUAAAACCACCAGCUCCAUUAUCCAAUACGGGAGAUAUGGCUCAAAAUUGGACGAGAUGGAAGAAAGAUUUUUUAAUAUUCAUGGAACUUAGCAACUACAAUGAUAAGUCACAAGAUAUAAAAGCUUAUCUCUUGAGAAACUACAUAGGAGAAUAUGGACAAAGUAUUAUAGAAAAGAUUGUUUUUGAAAAUGCAGCUGAUAGGGAUGAUAUGAAUAAGUUAUUAGUAAAACUUGAUGGACAUUUUACUCCUAUAAAUGAAGUUAUGGCUAGAUUUCUCUUUUUCAGUAGAUUUAAACAACAAAAGGAAUCUAUUGAAGAUUAUAUCAGUGACUUAAAAAAAAAGGCAGAAAUUUGUAAUUUUGGAAAGUUGACAAAUAGUUUAAUUAGAGACCAAAUAAUUGCUCAUAUAGGUGAUAAAGCACUUAGAAAAAAAUUGUUUGAAGUAAAAAAUCUUGAUUUAUCAAAGUUAGUGUUAAUGUAUAUAGAACAUUAUGCUAGUAUAACACAAAAAUCACAAGUUCCCUCAGAAAGCACAAAACAAAAUGAUACAAGCCAUAAAUGUUGGAAAUGCAAUAAAAAACAUCCUCCAAGAAAAUGUCCUGCUUCAAAUUUCAAAUGUGCAAAUUGUGGUGACCUCCAUCACUUUACUCAAUGUUGUAAAAAGAACAAUCUUUCAAAGACUGAAACAACAGAAACAAAAAUGUAUAAUCCAAAUAAAAACGUAUAUCGUAGUAAUACAAAUUUAAGAGCAGGAAAUAUUCAGCAUGGUAACACUACAACUACUGAGGCACUGCUUCCUAGUGCACCACCACUUGUUGAUUAUGGCUAUAAAUUGUAUCCCAAUUUAUAUAAUGUACACAGUAAUGCAAAGUAUGCAAAGUGAUAGUAUGCAGACAAAAGCAGUAACACCGACUGUAAACGUGAAUUCGCAACAUGAUACAACGAGUACACAAACAAAAGAACUUGAAGCAAAUACCGAUGUUCCGAAAAAAGAUAAUAAAGAAACUUGCAUUCUUUCAUAGAAGUACAUAUGCAGUAUGUUAUACGAGGAUCUAAUUUUUUAUUAAAAUAUAUGACAAAUUUAUUAUGUUUAAUAAAUAGAGGGGCACAUAAUUGUAUUAGUAAAUAAACAGUAAAAUGUGUAAAGAAAUAGUUAUGUAUUGUAAAUAACAUUAAAUAAAUUUAAAUUUUGACAUUAUUAACGUUAUUACAAUGAUUUAUAAGUUAAAAUAAAAAAUUAUCAUAAACAUUAAAAAGGAAACAGAUGGCACAUUAAAUAUCCGCUACACCGUGUUUUCUGUCAAUGGUAAAAUUAAGAAAUGAACUAAAAAUAUACGCAUAUAAUUAUAAUAUUCUAUUUGUUAUUAGUUAAAAAUAAUGAUGAAUUUUGUUGACGGUCUUUUUUAGAAAAAUAUGUUAUAUAACAUUUCUUAAAUGAUACAUACAACUUACUAAGUAAAUAAAAUAAAUAAAGCACUAAUCUCUUUGGUAUGAGACUCACGUGAUGAUCGCAAUAAAAAAGUGAUAUAUAUUUUAUUUGAUUUGAUAUUGUAAAUUUGUUACGUAUUAAAUGUAUUGAAAAUAUAGUAGUAUUAUUAUUGAUGCAAUGCUUUAUAACAAAUUUUUAUAAUUUUGUAAAAAUACAUUCAAAAUUCGUUUCAGUGUAAAAUAAUCUGUCAUGGUGUAUAAUAUACCCACAUAAUAAACGCGUUAUAAAGUCACUAAUGUAUAACAUUUUUUUACUAUAUAUCAGAUAUGCAACUGAUCAUUCGAUUAUGAUUCGAACUUAUAUAAAAUUAUGUUUUUAUCGCUUUAAAUAAUUUAACAUUUUACAAGUCUACAGAUAUCUUUUGAUCAACUGGUAUAUAAAAAUCAAAUCCUUAAUAUAUUAAAUCACAUCAGAGUGGUAAUGCUUGAAUAAUGUUACUUCAUGAAAAGCAAAAUUAUAUAUGUAGAAUAUGACCAGCGAUCAAAAGCAAAUUCUAAACAAGUAUUUUAAGUCUAGAAAUAGAUUCCUAAAUUGUUCGAUUAAUAUAAGAAACAGCAACAGCAACAGUAACAAUUUGUUAAAAAAUGUGUUACAAAAUGACAUAAACAUGUACUGUAAAAAUCUAUAGAAGUAUGCCUAGAACUGUAAUAUUUACUCCUAAGUAUAUUAUGCAUAUUUUAUAUACGUGUCUCAUGCAGAGAGUAAAAUUCUUUACGAAUC